UCAAUUGCCAAGAUAAGCUCAUUAGUAAGAGCAACAAUUUUCUUACUCAAUGCUUGCUUCGUUUGAUUUUCUUUACUUUGAGAUUCCUCUUUUUUCCACUCUUCAGGCAUCCCCUCCCCUAAUAGUCUUACUGAAAAGGUGCGCACUAUCUUUGUGAAGGAUAACGAUGCCUCCUUUAUAAAGAGCUCCACUGCGGGAAAAUUUUGGAGGUCUGCGUCGGUGCUUCUUGGUCAGCGACCUUCCUACCGUACUUACAAGUCUCUUCCUCCGAAAUUGACUGUUAAGCAUGCAAGAGAAUUUUUCGACAACUUCAGAUUUCCUGAGCCUGUGCCUCCUAUCAGUGACGAGUCUUCAGCAGAUGAUAAUGAUGUUGGUGUGGAGAUAAGUGAGGAGAAUGCUUCUGAGCAGAACGCCUCCUCAUCAUCUGAAGACAAUAUGGGUGUCGAGCUACGCAUGAAGGCGCGUUCUGACUGCCUUGUUGCACAUGCCUCCAGUGGCGUGAGGGUGUUAUUCGGGGAUCACAAGCGCAACUCUUAUGAGCUCCGUCCCAGUCUUCCUGUUGCAGGAAACAGCGUACCUACGACGCCUCACCCUUCGAUCUGUGCUACGGAUACUCCUGGGGUGCUAGACAUUUGAAGGCGUGAGUUUGACUCCACGGGAUCUUUGACUUCCCUUCAGCUACUGGUGUAUUGACUGCUCCAGGUCCCUCACAACCCUUGUAAGCCUUCGCGUCUUUCUACCCUUUGGUAUCUUUAUCCCAACCAGAUGUUGUCAGCAGGAGCUCUCCCAUCUUAACCAAUGUGUUACAGCUUCCCUCUCAUGGGAAUGGCACAACUAGGGUGCCGCCAUCACCUAAGUGCAUAGAAGUGGCCAUAAACAAUCCUGAGGGGGCUGAUUCUCAACUACGAUCAUCAAUCACUCCUUGCGACAUGGAUUGGUUCAAAAAGAUUCCAGCUAAAUCGUCAGAAGUUGUGGCUCUUUGGAUGGCGUAUGGGGGGGCCCCGUUCCGCUCGCAACUCCUUGGCGAGCAUAAUGUUGAGAUUAGAGGCUUGAAGUGCAAGCUAAGAGACUUUGACUCCCUUAUUGCAGAGCUAAAGAAACAAGCAAUGAGUGCGGAUGGAAGCAAAAAAGAACUACCUGAAAUUAAGCAGGAGCUGAACAAAGCUCUUGACUCACUAUCUCAAGAUGUAGCUAAAGUCAAGGAAGAAAAAGAGGCAGCUGUGAGGGCUCGUGAGCAAGAAUUUUUUGAUUUUUAUUCGAAGAAGUUGGAGUCAGAUGCCAAUUUCUUCUGUAGACUUGGGAGGGGCAACACACUUAAGUCUUAUGGAGAGCCUAUAUCAUCCACGAUGUGGUCAGCAAGUGUCGUCCCCUGGCCCUAUUCUGAUGUUCCCUUCCCAGAUCUUAUGGAACUUUUCUCCAAGGAUGGGCUCCCCCCAUCGCAAUGACAGGUGAACAACUAAACAAUGGUGUGGGAGACUCUUCUGCUGCUACUUGAGUUAGUAGCUUAUUUUAAGAUUUUUUUUUUGAUUAACGCUUGUAGUUAACCUCUUUAGCGUUUGUUGUUAGCCUCUUUGGCUUUUUCUUAGUUAGCCUCUUUGGC